UGAUGGAGCUGCUGACUGGAGAGGUUCCUGUAAGGUGUCAGGAUGUGGCGGUCUAUUUCUCCAUGGAGGAGUGGGAGUAUGUAGAAGGACACAAGGAUCUGUACAAGGAGGCCAUGAUGGAGGCUCCCCGGCCUCUGACAUCACCAGAAAAUCCCAGUAACAACUCUGAAGAAGACUUCAUGUUAUCACUAGAUCUUAAAAUAGAAGAUGAAGAUAUUCUGCAGCUCUCUUCAGGAGAAAACAUAAUUACCUGUAAUGUUCAUCCAGAACUUCACAGUACAGAUCUAUUAUAUAAUCCUCCUAAUCACGAGGAGCAUUCUCCUGACCAAUCACAGAUUAUCACAAAUACUGAGCAGAAAGGGGGUAAAAGGUUUCAUUGCGAGGAAUGUGGAAAAGAGUUUACAAGAAGCUCAAAUCUAUAUACACAUAGAAGAAUUCACAUAGGAGAUAAGCCGUAUUCUUGUUUAGAAUGUGGAAAAUGUUUUAUAUAUAAAUCUCAACUUGUAAAGCAUGAGAGAAGCCACACAGGAGAGAAGCCAUAUUCCUGUUCAGAAUGUGGGAAAGGUUUUAUUACUAAAGAGAGCCUCAACGUUCAUCAGAGAAUUCACACAGGAGAGAAGCCAUUUACAUGCCCACAAUGUGAGAAAUGUUUUACAGAGAAAUCAGGUCUUGUCAAACAUCUGCGACGUCACACAGGAGAGAAGCUAUACUCCUGUUCAGAAUGUGGAAAAUGGUUUAAUACUAAAGAUAAUCUCAAGGAACAUCAGAGAGUUCACACGGGAGAGAGGCCAUAUUUCUGUUCAACAUGUGGGAAACGUUUUAUUACCAAAAACAACCUCAAGAUUCAUCAGAGGCGUCACACAGGAGAGACACCAUAUACAUGUUUGGAAUGUGGGAAAUGUUUUAUUACAAAAGACAGGCUGAAGGUUCAUCAGAGAAGUCACACAGGAGAGAAACCAUUUAUAUGUUCAGAAUGUGGGAAAAGUUUUACAGAGAAAUCAGGCCUUGUCAAACAUCUGCGACGCCACACAGGAGAGAAGCCAUUCUCCUGUCCAGAAUGUGGGAAAGGGUUUAUUUCUAAAGAUAAUCUCAAGGAACAUCAGAGAAUUCACACAGGAGAGAAGCCAUAUUCCUGUUCAACAUGUGGUAAAUGUUUUCUUACCAAAAGCAACCUCAAGAUUCAUCAGAGAAGUCACACAGGAGAGAAACCAUUUACAUGUUCUGAAUGUGGAAAAUGUUAUACUACUAAAGACAAACUGAAGGUUCAUCAGAGAAGUCACACAGGAGAGAAACCAUUUACAUGUUCAGAAUGUGGGAAAUGUUUUACAGAAAAAUCGGGUCUUGUCAAGCAUCAGCGAUGUCACACAGGAGAGAAGCCGUACUCAUGUUCAGAAUGUGGAAAACAGUUUACACAACACUCAGGUCUUUUUACUCAUAGAAGAAUUCACACAGGAGUAAAGCCAUUUAAAGGUUUAGGGACUUCUGGGGACGGGGCAUCGAGCAUGGCUUCAUUUUAACAGAGCUCUUUUGCCAGGUCAAGAAAUCAACCAUGUAUCUCCUCCAUCUCAGCCUCAGUAACAACUUGCUUAGUACCUACACUGCAGGCAGAGGCCGGCUGAUGAAGUGGGCUCACUGUGUUCACACUCUGAGGUCCAUAGGGCAGAUCAGAACUGCUGCUGGGUGCCAAACAUGGCGCUGCCACUGAAGCCUCCUACUCCAAACAACAGAUGCCUUGUGGCCACCCAUAACGCACAGCAGUCUCCUAUAGUACCAGUGACCAUGUGACAAAGACUGCAAGACUUGUGAAGAUGAUGUAACUGAUAACCAGGGUCCUCAGAGGUUUAGUACGUAGAGGCACAUUCUUGAUGGCUGGAUAGGACAAAAAUGAGAGUAACAAAGGCUUUUUCUAGUCAGAGCACACUCACAGGGCCUGGUGGUGAUGAUAGGGAGGGGGUACAGAGGGUAAAGGUCACCCCCUUACAGUAUAUUACACUAGUUCAGUAGUACUCUGGAUGUCUGUCAACUCUCCAGUUAACCCUUUGUCUCAUUAAAGAUCCUGAACCUGGCAAACCCUUCUGAAACAUGUUGCAAAACAAAAUGUCAGCCAGACAAGAUACACUAGCUGCACUUGAUCCAGUGCCUAAUCCCAGACCAGCCUCAAUAAUGUCUAAACCUGUGAGCAAGAAUAAGAAAGAUAAAUCCAAUAUGAAGACCACCACAGACCUGUCUCAACAAUUGUUUUAUGACCCGGCCUCACCAUGGGAGGUGACUUAACUUCUGCUAAACUAUUGCCUCAGUACCAGACCAACAGAAGCCUGACUAGGCACAUGCUAUCUUGGUGGCUCUUGAAGUAUCUAAUCUAUUGAUGUCUAUGUUAGAUAAGAGGCUAGAUGUCCUACCUAUAACCUCAAAUCACAACGAAUGGCCAGAAAAUAACAAAACUGAAAAACCAAGUCUCCUCCUAUAAAAUAACGACAUCCACUAUGGAAUAAGAACUCUCUCAAUGUGUCAGCAGAAGAGGCCUUGGGAGAAGAAUUGGAGGACCUUGAGAACCAUGACCACAGAAACAAGCUCGGGUUUGUGGGAAUGUCCAAAGCUAUCCAAUCCUAUCACUGUCCUAACAUCUGAGCUCCCCACUGCAUUGGCUAUAGAUAUGCCCCCAGAUCUGUUCUCUAUCGAAAGAACUGACAGAAUUGGCUCCUAGAUCUCGUGAUAAUGGAGCCCUGCAUCCUAGACCAGUUAUCAUGAAAUAACUUCAUUGGGCAGUCAUAGGAAAUUCUCCAGGCUUAUAGAAUGAAAUUCUCCCUGAAGAUCUGAGACUUUACAGUGCUGCUUUUUCAAGACUUUUCCAUGACUGUCUCAAAAAAGAUCUUUUACCCCCAUUUGACGCUACUUACCUGACAACACCUUUGAUUUCCAAUUCGACUAGACAGCAAAGCUGCAUGUGUGGGAGAAUGGACAAAUCGUGACCUUUGAUGAGUCUGCGGUGACGCGCCACCUCUUUCACCUACAACCUGUUGACCUUCUGGCCUGACUCAUUAUGGGAGGAACCUGAUA